GAGAGAGAGAGGAGGGUGGAGUCAAAGAGGGAGCCCAGGAGAAAGCAGGGCAGAGGGAGAAAGAGAGGAGGCCAUAGAAUAGAGAGAGAUACAGAGGGGGAUUGGAAGUAGGAAUACACAGAUGAGAGAGCACAAGAGGAAGCCAGACAGACAGCAGUGUAGACAGACGGACAGCAGUGCAGACAGACAGACAUCAUUGCAGACAGACAGACAGACAGACAGACAGCAGUGCAGACAGAUAAAGCUUGAAAUUGAAAGGAACUCAAGCUCACUGCUCUUCUCCUUGGUGACCAGGGCAGGCAGGCAGACAGGCAGACAGACAGACAGGCAGGCAGGCAGACAGACAGACAGACAGACAGACAGACAGACAGACAGACAGACAGACAGACAGACAGACAGACAGAGGCAUGUCCACCCAACCGGGUCCCCAGCACAGGGUCUUGUUCCAAACCCCAGGUGAGGAGAAGGCAGAAGAGGAGCCUCCUCAACGCAGACUGGGAAAACUCACGGUUAAGUACAACCGCAAGGACCUGCAAAAGAGGCUGGACAUCGAGGAGUGGAUCGAUGGGCAGCUGCAUCUCCUGUUUGACUGCGAGGAGGAGGAUAUUCCAGAGUUGGAAAUUGACAUGGAUGAGUUACUGGAUCUAUCAGACGCAGAACAGAGAGCAAAGCUACAUGACCUUCUUCAAGACUGUGGCAAGCCCAAAGAGGACUUCAUCGACGGCUUGCUGUAUCGGAUGAAGGGACUUCGCAAGAUGUCCCUGAAAAAAUGAACAGAAGUUGGAGAGGAGACCAUGUGAAAUGAGACACCAUCCUCUUCUCACCUGUAGCUGUGGAUGUGUGUACAGUGACAGUCCUCAUGUAUCUAGAUAUAUCCUUAUGUAUCCACAAUCUGCACGAUCAGUGUCUAUAUUAGUGGUUGGCAGCCCUUAUCAAAGAGGCUCCCCAUGGCCAGUCCGUCCUGGCCUUAUAUUAUUAGGACUAUUUGAAACCAUAUAUGUAUUACUCACAUAAGCCUGGUGGGUCUUCCAAUGGGGCAUCUGUGAGUAAAAAAAAGAAGGAAAAAAAAGAGUUUUAAAUAUGAUGUAAUAUAGCAUAGAGAUGUCCUACUAGAUACAAACACCUCUUGGUUUCUGUUGCCUCUGAAGUAGAAUGAGAGAUCAUCCAGUCUAGUAUUGAUGGUUUAUGUCAAUGUUUUUCACUGUUAUGUUACAGAAUGGUUCACCAAUUCACCAUGGCCUGGUUUGUUUAGUUCUUCACUGUUAAUGGACACUUCUGGCAUUUUGAAUAAUCAGAUCACAGCUUAUGGUUAUGUUGACAUUCUUUUUUAUUUAUUUUUUAUUUUUAAUUAAAUGUUUUCUCUGAUGAAUCCCCUGCUAUGACUAGCCCAAGAAUGUACUGUAAAUAUGGUUACUAAUAUUUUUGUUUAGCUUAAGGUAUUGUUUUAAAAGAAGCAGUGCUGUCAUUCACUUUCCCCAACUGUUACAUCAGAAUUUCAAAUGGGAUCUCUAAUAGAAAAUGUGUACUGUGAUGUUACCUAUGAUAUUCUGGAAAAUAUCACCUGAAACAAAUUCACUUCAAUCCAUAAAAGGGCAGUUAGGCAUCACAAAAUGUCAAUGAGCUGUGGAACCGCUGAAGAUCCCAAUGGGGGAUCUAAACAUUUGCUGUUUGUGCAUUUCAAUAAAUCAGUGGAAGCAUA